AGUGGGCAAAAUGUUCCACCGCCCGGGUCAGGUAACUGGCUGGAUAUCUUACUGCCGGAGUCAACCGGCUGGCUGGGUUUCCUGCUGGCAGACUUCUCUUUAUGUAGGGGAACCCAGGAAGGCAGGUCCCUGGACACAGGAUUUCCAGGAGCAGGCUGGGAAUCAGUUAUUGGCCAUUUUAGCUGGACAUCAGGGGCUGGCACAUCAGGCUGCGCAACGGACAGAGGCACAUUGGGCUGCGCAGUGGGCAGAGGUACGUCAGGCUGGGCAGCGGGCAGAGGCACAUCAGGCUGGGCAGCAGGCAGAGGCACGUCAGACUGGGCAGCGGGCAGAGGCAUGACAGCGGGCACAGAGUCAUCUGGCAUGACAGCGGGCACCGAGUCAUCUGGCACGACAGCGGGCACCAAGUCAUCUGGCACGACAGCGGGCACCGAUUCACCAAGCUCGACAGCGGGCACCGAGUCAUCGGGCAAAACCGCGGGCACCGGGUCACCAAGCUCGACAGCGGGCACCGAGUCAUCUGGCACGACAGCAGGCACUGAGUCAUCUAGCAGAACCGCGGGCACCGGGUCACCAAGCUCGACAGCGGGCACGGAGUCAUCUGGCACGACAGCGGGCACCGAGUCAUCGGGCACGGAGUCAUCUGGCACGACCGCGGGCACCGAGUCAUCAGGCUGUAUCGGGUCAUCAGGCCGGAUCGGGUCAUUAGGCCGGAUCGGGUCA